UCAAGGUAAGCUAAGGUGACAAUAUUUAACUCUUUACCACACAAUAUUCGAAAACCCAUAAAAAAAGGAGAAAUAUUAAAUAAACAUCAAUUGAGUUCCCUAUUAUUUCGUAGAUCUCCUCGUACGUGCAAUAUAAUAAAUAAUGAUUUUUUUUCAUCUUACAAAAAUUCUUUCUCUCAUAAUUUAUUUUUAAAGGAAAUCUCUUAAAACUUUUUGCAUGGGUAAUGGGUCGGGUUAAACUACAAAUAAAGAGAAUAGAAAACAACACAAAUCGGCAGGUGACAUUCUCGAAACGCAGGAAUGGACUCAUUAAAAAAGCUUAUGAACUCUCAAUUCUCUGUGACAUUGAUAUUGCUCUCAUUAUGUUUUCCCCCUCUGGCCGUCUUAGUCACUUUUCUGGCAAAAGAAGAAUUGAAGACGUCCUCUCACGUUACAUAAAUAUGGCAGAUCAUGAUAGAGGAGGGGUAGUUCGAAAUAAAGAGUUUUUACUGGGCACCUUGAAGACACUCAAGAUGGAAAACGACAUCGCUCUUGAAAUUGCCAAUCCUACAGCAGUCAACUCAAACCUUGAGGAACUCCAACUCGAAACCAGAAAUUUACAACAUCAAGUUCAAAUGGUUGAGCAACAACUAAGGAUUUUCGAGCCAGACACAUUGUCGAUUUCAUCCAUCGAAGAGCUUGAAUCGUGUGAGAAGAACCUCUUGGACACAUUGUCACGUGUUACAGAAAGAAAAAAAGAUUUGUUAAGUAAUCAUUUUUCGGUUUUUGAUCCAUCAAGUGUACAGGUAUACUUUGAAGCACAAGAGGGGGUUCCCACCUCUUUUGAGAAUGAAGUUGGAAGUUGGUUACCAACUGAGAGUUUACAAAAUCCGACCCAAAUUUGUGUUGGGUCCGAAUCAUCUUAUAUCCACCCAACCCCACGACCUGAAUCUUCUUCAAUUUAUGAUAUUCCUGCUUCCCAUGGGACCAAUAUAAACGUUGAUCCAAUCAACAUAGAAGGAUGCCCAAUUGGAAAUGAGACAAGUGAGGGCUUAACUUCUUGGCAUCAUAACUAUACCACUACUGAGCUACUCUCUGCCUUAAUGUCACCUUCCUCAUUGAUUCCUUCUCCUAUUAAUAAGCAUGGAAUUGCAACAGACUUACCUCAGAUGAUGUCGCAGCAUCCGGUAGAGGCUGCACCCAACUGCCCCCAGAUGCCGACCGGUGGUGAAGAGCCAAAUUACGAGAGCAAUCCGGUUUGA